AGUUUUUAUUAAAGGAAAUACCGCAGUGCAUUCAGGGACAGCAGAUACCAGAGAGAGGUCAGAGAACCACAGAUUGCGCAAGAUGUCGGUCGUUUGUCUAUCGUCUUUGGGUCGCUGUAGUACGGUGGCAUUCCGUUCUUCCACUGGAAUGGUGGCGGUUCGGUACGCCCAGACAGCGGCGGCCACAGCACCCCAGCCCAGAGUCAAGAAGUUCCAGGUGUACCGCUGGGACCCAGACACGGUGGGGGAUAAGCCCCGCAUGCAGACCUUUGAGAUUGAUCUCAACACCUGUGGCCCCAUGGUAUUGGACGCCCUCAUCAAGAUAAAGAAUGAGAUGGAUGGCACUCUGACCUUCCGUCGCUCCUGCAGAGAGGGUAUCUGUGGAUCCUGUGCAAUGAACAUCAAUGGAGGCAACACACUGGCCUGUCUGAACAAGAUUGACACCAACACCAGCAAGGCUACCAAGAUCUACCCUCUGCCACACAUGUAUGUGGUCAAAGAUCUGGUCCCUGACAUGAGUAAUUUCUAUGCUCAGUACAAGUCAAUCGAGCCCUACCUGAAGAAGAAGGAUGAGACAAAUGAGGGAAAGGAACAAUACCCUCAGACUGUGGAGGACAGACAAAAACUGGACGGGCUGUAUGAAUGUAUUCUGUGUGCGUGCUGCAGCACCAGCUGCCCCAGCUACUGGUGGAAUGGAGACAAGUACCUGGGACCUGCUGUCCUUAUGCAGGCCUACCGUUGGAUGAUCGACUCGAGAGACGAGUUCACAGAGGAGCGUCUCUCCAAGCUGCAGGAUCCUUUCUCUCUCUACCGCUGUCACACCAUCAUGAACUGCACUAAGACCUGCCCCAAGGUAACCUCGGUCUAAUAAACAUUACUCCUCCCUUUGAAGGGUACAGUGCCUUGCGAAAGUAUUCGGCCCCCUUGAACUUUGC